AUGGCUCCCAACCUUGCCUUGUCUACUCUGGAGUUUAUUCGCGACAUGAUCUUGAGCAAGUCACUGACCACAUCCCAGAUCGCUGAUGCUGCUGGAUGCAGCCCUCGUUUCAUUAUCACCAUCCGUAGUAAUCUUACGGCAAUUUAG